AUUGACCUUCCUGUAUGGUUGAGGAGCCCCAGCUUCAAGCUCUAUUCAUUAAUUUUUGGCGUUAAUCUGGAAGAAAUGGCAGAUCCUGAUCUCACACAUUACAAAAAUCUAGCCGAAUUUUUCUGUCGUCCGAUUAAACCAGAAAAAAGACCUGUCGACACCUCUGCAACGCUCUGUGCUCCAUGUGAUGGCAAGGUUUUAAAGUUUGGUAUCGUCGAAGAAGAUGGUGGGAUAGAGCAGGUGAAAGGAAUAACGUACAAAGUUGAUGCUUUGCUUGGCACACACGAUGCGCCAAAAGUCGAAGCUCCUCCUCAACAGUUCGAUCUAGAAAGGACACGAAAAGAGGCCCAUUUUAUUGACUUACAUGGAGAUGUCAAGACCCUGACAUAUAAAAAGGAGGGCGACCAGUCUUUUGUUCAUCCGUCGACUUCUCGUAUUUUGUCUGUUUCAAGAACACUUGUCGGCGCUGAAGGGCACAAAGAAUCCAAUAGAUUGUUUUACGCAGUUAUAUACCUAGCACCCGGUGACUACCAUAGAUUUCACUCGCCCGUGGAAUGGGUGGCAACAUUGAGGAGACAUUUUGUUGGUCAAUUAUAUUCAGUUGCACCAUACUUUCAAAGGACUUUACAAAACCUAUUUAUAUUAAACGAAAGAGUUGCAAUUCUUGGUUACUGGAAAUAUGGCUUUUUCAGUAUGACUCCUGUCGGGGCGACAAAUGUUGGCUCCAUAAAGUUGAAUUUUGACACCCAUCUUGCAACGAAUGAAGUUUACGAACAUGAAAUAUAUUUUAAAGACAAAUUAAACCAAGCGUUAACCGAAAAAUACAAGGUCCAGGAGCGCAAGAAGUUGAAGAGGGAUACCUGUUAUGAAGCGACUUAUGCGAAUGCCUCAAAGAUACUUCAUGGAAUUCCAUUAUUUCGAGGAGAGGAAAUGGGCGGCUUUAAACUUGGAUCUACGAUCGUAUUGGUCUUUGAAGCGCCUCCAAAUUUCCAGUUUGAUCUCCAGGAAAAUCAGCAGGUGCUGAUGGGACAAGGCAUUGGUAGAAUAGAAAAUUAAGUAGGUCUCAUCUCAAUUCCUUUUCA